UGUGAAAAUAUCCCACCAAUCUUUCAAUCCCCAUCCAUUCUUAAUUUCAAAGUAUUCAUUCAUUCCGUUCUUGUCUUUCUAUUUUAUAAAUUUCUCCCAUUCCUAAUUUCAAAGUAUUCAUUCAUUCCGUUCUUAUCUUUCUAUUUUAUAAAUUUCUCCAAAUUCUUGUUUGAUUUUCACAAAAGAGGAUGGGAAAUGCUAUAAGGUAUUUAGCUCAUGAAGCAAUUCAUCAUCAUCAUUCACAUGGUGCUUCAUCCACAGAUACUACUGCUGGUGUUUCAGCUCUAGCUCAUGAUCUAAAUCAGUUUGAGCUCACAUCUGAGGUUCCUGAAGGACUUAGUCAGCAUGUUGUAUCAUCAAAGAAAGCUCAAGCUAAUUGGUACACCAAACUACUGCAGACAUGGCAAGAAGCAAAACCAGCGCCGGAAACACCGGAACAAGUAUCUGCACUUGUCAUUCAGACCUUGAAGCAUCACAAAAAGGAUGAUGUAGAGGGAUUGUUGAAGUUUUACGGACUUCCGCUUCAAGAUAAUCCGCAGGUUGAAAGUCCUGAUCCUGUCGUGGUAAAUCCUACUUCACUACCUGAAGGAGUGAAGUUUGAAUUACAUACACUUCCGGUGGAUGCAAAAGCUAUUCCUGAUGGGGAUACCAUAACCGUCUAUGUUAGCGCUGCAGACCCUAGAGAAGCACCAAGUGUGCCCAAGGCUGUAAGAGUUGCAGCAUCACAACGAGCGAAAGCACGUGCGUCCAAGGAUUACCCAAAGGCAGAUGCACUUCAUAAGACCAUUAUCGAAGCUGGUUAUAGAGUACUACCUGGUUCCAACGAUGAGGAUAUCCUUGCAAAAAAGUAUCGCGUUAGAUUGAGUGGAAUUGAUUGCCCAGAGAGUAAAAUGCCGUUUGGACAAGAAGCCAAGCAAGAACUUAUUAAGCUGGUUCAAGGCAAAUGUUUGAUAAUUCACGUGUAUACUGAGGAUCGUUACGGUCGAGUUGUAGGAGACAUUCAUUGCAAUGGAAAAUUUGUACAGGAAGUGAUGCUCAAGAAAGGGUGUGCAUGGCAUUAUGCAGCGUAUGACAAGCGCCCUGAACUCAUAAAGUGGGAGAAUGCGGCUAGAGCUAAACAGGUUGGAUUAUGGGCGUCGCCGAACCCAGAAAAGCCAUGGGAAUGGAGAAAAAACAAACGCGACGGAAAUUGCUAACUUGUAGUACUUUAUAAUAUGGGAAGUCCAAUCUGGAAUUGCAAACGUAUAUUGCCAUUGUUGUAAAACUAGGUUACCGGUUCCAGACUGUAGAGUGUUCUGUUUCCAGUGAGAGGCUCGGGGAACUGGAACACAAUGCGUCAUUGAGACUUCAUAUUAUCAACAUAUAAGUUGGCUGUCUCAUUUGGGUGAUUACACAAACUUAUAAUUCUAAACUGAAAAAUAAAUAUGAAUUUGUUGUUUAGCACUACUAAUAUCCCAAAAAGUAGUGAACCGUUGUUUAGACUUCAUAAAAACUAGUGUCUUACCCGUGCGUUGCACGGGGCUAAGUUAGUUGUGGUGUAAUUGGUGCUGAAAAAUGAAGAGACGGGUCUCUCCCAGAGUGUCUACUUGCAGAUCAGAUGGUUGUAUCUGCGAAAAUGUAGAGGUCGUAGAAUGUUUGAUACUUUAUAAAUUUUUACAUUUUUAAUCGUA